AUGUUGAAGCAGGCACUGAAGAUUACGAAUGUUUGGACACCGAAUUCUGUAUCAACGGAAUUUGCCAGUCUGGUGAUCAGCAAAGAGUAUGCACUCAGGACUACGAAUGCGAAGAAAAUGAGUUCUGUAUCAAUGGUAUCUGCACGCAAGGAAACUCUGCCAGAAGAUUCCGACGCUCCAGCAACGAAAGAACAUGUGAGUGUUACCUAUCAAGAUAUCGGUCAGAGACUGAGAAGGCCUCCUCAAACACUCACUUCCAUCUGA